AGAAUUCAAAGUAAUAACGACACAUAAUGAAGACCGCCCCCUUAACAUUCAUAGCCUUGUCAUUUAUUGGCGUCGCAGUGGCUAAUCCCCUGGUUGCCUUUGUCAAGGCCAACGCUGACAAUCACAUACUCAACAAACUGGCUGCCUCAAAUUCUUUGAGUGCUUCUUCGAAUCCCGAAUACACUUCCGAAUGUUUCAGCUAUUAUUUGCCAAUUUUAAAUCAAAUUUCAAAAAACUUCUCGAUACAGUAUCAGCAAUGCAUUAGUAAAGCCGAUACAUCUACUGCUAAUCUCACCGCAACGGCUGCUGAAAAUCGGGCGUCAUUUGUGAAUAACACCGCUGCCAUUUGUAGCGCCUUCACCACUUGCAACAGUGACAACGAUACUAUGGACUUCUUCAAUUGUUAUGCAACAGCGUCAUCUGCUGAUGUAACUGCUAUCUACUCGCUGUCGGAUAGCGUUUCUAAUGCAGCAUUUUCGUUCAAAACUGGAUUGCAAGAAAUCAAGAAUACCGAGGAUUUAUGCACUCAUGAUGCCGAACAUACUUAUGUAGUGGAGACUUCGGAAACCUAUGAGGAAUUAAACGAAUGCAUGCUUUAUGGAUUGCCAUCUAGUACUAGCACUGCUGCUUCAACCAAUGCAACUACCUCAGCUACCAGCUCAGUUAGCACAGAUGCCAGCGCUACUACUGUUUCCAGUGUAGCCUCAACUAUUUCCGCGUAAAUUACGAAUCAAACUAUAUAGUACUAUAUUCGUACACUAAAAAACGCAAAAAAAAACCGAAUUCUAGAAAAUAUUCAGGAGCGAAUUGUACGAGUGUAUAAAGGAUGCAGAGAGUGAAAAGAAUUUGAAAUAAAAU